UGAUUCGGGAGCACAGCGCCAAACUCUCAGUCGAAACCACUAUGAGAACUGUGACUUGACUGACAAUAGCGACAAAUCAACAAUUAAUCAAUUAAUUAAAUUGUAGCUUUCAAUGAGAGAACACUCAUAUUUUUCUGAAUAGUUAAGGUUGAGUUUGAUCCAGUGAUGGAGAAUGUAAUAACGCUCAGUCACUUUGGAAUUCAGUGUGAUUGGGAGGAUGCGCUGGGUGCUAGUACGGAAGGAAAAUGCUGGGUUAGCGUCAGAACCCAUGGGCAAGAUAAGUCGGUCCAAAGCGAGUUGAGAAGGACAGCCUCAAAUUCUGAUACGAUAGGAAGCUUUCCAUUCGUCGUGGUAAAAGAAAAAUCAUCGUCGAGGUUCCUCACGCUGCAAAAUGUUCCAGACGGACAAGAAUGCGUUUUUGUGGCAACGUCCUCAGCACUUGGGAAGGUGCACAAGGCGGGUGUCAUUGCAAUGGACGUUUCCGAAGGGGGGCUGGGUGUUUCCAUUUGCAAAAAUAACGAGCUCAAAAUUUGGGAGACUGACACUGGAAACGUUAGGAGAGUUCUGCAAGGACAUCUUAUUGACGCUUAUACAUGUCGAUUCUUCCCAUCUGGAGUUGUCAUAUUGAGUGGAGGUGCGGAUUGUUGCAUCAAAAUUUGGUCGGCUGAAACGGGAGAUUGCCCUGUCACGUUUAAAGGCCAUACUGGACCUAUUGCUGAGGUUUGCAUAGUGGAUCGGGGAAGGAAUAUAAUUUCUGUGUCAAAGGACGGAAGUGCUAGAUUAUGGGAUUGUGGGGAAGCAAAGUGCCUUGCAACUAUUUUUUCUUGUAAAUCGGCAAUAAAUUCGUGCAUACUUAUGGCACCGACGAACUAUGAACUUGGAAAUCCGAUACAAACUAUGAGUGACCGAGAAGUUGGUACAAAAGGAAAAUUAUUAGUCGUUGGUCGUGAAGAUGGAAAAGUGAGCGGUGUUAGCGUCGCUGCAAGAAAAGAAUUAUUCACGUGUAUUUUACCAAGUGCUGUUAAUCGAGUGGUGCAAGUAGGUUAUAAUAGUUUUGCUGGAGGAUGUCAGGGAGGCGAAAUUCUCGUAUUUCAAUUGAAUAGCCUGUCGCAACCAAUUAAGAUUUUAUCGCCCACGAGCUCUCCAAUUCUGGACUUACUGAUACACCCACAUAAGACUGACAGUAAUAUAUCUUCCUUUUGGGCAUCUAAAGGGGAUGGGACAUGUGUCCUCAUUAACCCUUCAAUUCAGCCUUGCUCGAAAGUAAUUCAAUUAACCGGACCAGAUUGUGAUCCUGUGUAUCAACUUAGAAAUGACCUGGAUUUCAUUUACAGUGCAUGCAGAGACGGUCUUAUUCGUAAAUACUCUCUGAAAGUUAUAAAUAGUUUGGCCGGUUUGCCUUAAAAAUACUAUUUGGUGUUGCUCAGAACUAUAUUAUAUCACCACCAGCAUCAGCUCAAGAGUCAUAAUUAAUUAACUAAAUAUAUGUAUAUGUAAUCGUAAUUAAUUCAGUAAUGGUCGAGCCAGACAACUUUAUUUCAUUCAUUUCAUAUUAAUUCUACUAUAAUCUUGUUUACUAAUUACUGAUUUGUCAUUAAUUUCUCAUUAUCACGGGGACAUAAAAUAAAUAAAUACAAGUCAUUCACGGAAUA